AUGAAUAUUUAUAGACUCAAUUAGAAGCUCAGACACAUAAUGGAAGUGUUUGAUAUCAUCUAGAGAGAGUAUUGUAUAUAUUAAAUUCUAGUCAAUUGCAAACUUUAAAUGGGUGUUAUUUAGGGAUUCAUUAAGAUUAUAUGAUUCAUUAAGUAUUAAAAUUUCCUAAUCUCUUUGAUAUUAAUUAUGAUGAAUUAAAGUUAAAUAUAGUUAACUUUUUUUANAUCAAAAGAAGAAUAUGAUGAAUUAUUAAUGUAAAAUACAGAAAAUGAAAAGAAAAUAAAAUAUUUAGAAACUUUGAAUAACAAUUUGAAAACAUAAGUUUAGAAAGCAGACAUAAAAAUUGAAAGCAUGAAUUAAAUGAUAUCGAAGAAUAAGAUUCAGAAUUAAGAAGUGAUAGAAGAGAUACAAAAAGUAUAUUCAAUUUAACAAUUAUAAUGGAAGACAGGAGAUACAAGAUUACUUUAAUAUGAUUAUGCCUAAAAGAUAUACAGAAAAAUAGAAGAAAGAACUAAAAAAUAAAUAAAAAAUAAAUAUUUGUUAUGUUCUUUAACUGGAUGGUAGUUAAACUUCUCUAAAUUAUGGUGUUCUAUAGAUAAAAUGUCAUCUUUGUUAAUGAUUUUUAAAUCAAAAAGCCAAUUUAUUUUUGGUGGAUUUUCACCUUGUUAAUGGCUACUAAAAAGUGGUGGAAACAAUCAAAAUGAUUAAGAAUUAUAAUCAUUUUUAUUUUCUUAGACUUAAGAUGAAAUUUAUCCUCUAGAAUCAAAAUCAACAGCUAUUUCUGGUAGCGAAUCAUAAAUAAGUUUUGGAAGCUAAGACAUUAUAAUAAACAAUAAUUUUCAAGAAGGAUCAUCAAAUUUAGGAUAUUCAUAUUCAACUAUUCAAUAUAAGAUACCUAAUAAAUAAAAUCAUUUAUUCGGAUCACCUAAACCAAAUAUCAUGGUAUGUGAGGUUAUCAUGUUAACAUUUGUUUGA